UAAAGAAAAUGCCAUCCUGCUUUUCGGCAGUUGGCAAUACAUGAUUUCAACAUGGCUGUAUCACUGAUAUGUAGUAACACACAGAGCAGGGUGAGCUCCGUUUUAAACAGAGAUGUCAAGCAGUUUGGAAAAAAGUUCAUGUUUGAUUCCAGUGAAGAGACCUGCUGGAACUCUGACCAGGGAGAGUGUCAGUGGGUGCUCCUGGAGUUUCCCGUGCCUGUCAGGAUGUCUGAGCUCAAACUGCAGUUCCAGGGAGGAUUCUCAGGCAAAUCUUGCAAGUUAGAAGGCUGUAAUAAAAACGGGAAUCUGGAACACAUUAUGGACUUCUAUCCAGAAGACAACAACGCCUUGCAAAGCUUUCCCAUUCAAAAUGCCCCACUGGUGCAGAAGCUUAAAAUAGUAUUUGAAAACAGUACAGACUUUUUUGGAAGAAUAAUAGUUUACUCUCUGGACAUCCUGGGAGAACGAGCUUCUUGAUGUUUGGAAAAGAGAUCC